UAGAUACUAAUUGUAUCAGUUGUGGGGUGGCAACUAGAGUACAUAUUACAAUAAAAGGUGUAGUCAUCAUCUUAACGACCCUCCGGCUCCACAUAAUCUAAAAAUAGAUAAAUAAUGGAGGUAUUUGUUCUACCAUAGUGACUUUCCAUAGAGAAAAUUAAACACCCAAGAAGAUAUUUUUUUUAUUUGUUGAGAAAUGAUUUUAAGAUCUAUUACAACAAAUAGUACUCAUGUAGAUAACAACUGGACUAAUUUAUGAUAACUAAUUAAAGUAUAUUGUAGCACAUGUUGUAAAAGGAGAAAUCUAUCACCCUGUCAUUGGAAGAAAGUAAAUUAGGUAUCAAAUAAGCCCGGUAUAAAAGGGUGUUUUUCAUCGUUUUAGAUUUAACCUUUACUUUAUGUUACAAAUCUAUCACAUAAUUACAGGCUCAGCUACCCUCUGAUGGUAAAUAUCAAUUGUUAUAGGAUAAAAAAAUCAAUCGUUCUUAGAAUAAUUCACGACAACGCCACUGUAUAAAUCAUCUAGGCAUUACUAAUAGUCCAAUUGCUUUGCCAUCCGAAAUAGGAGCAGCCAUGGCGGUCGUCGCUGCAAUCUCCUGCCGUUUGCCUCACGGAACCUCAAGCGAUUGCUUCUCUCUCUUCCACUCACUCCCUGUUCGGAUCCCCCGCGGCAGGGCUACCACGCGCCAGCCGUGCUGUCGGAGAGCGGCCGCCUCUGUCCGCUUUGUGCUCAGGGAGGUAGAGUGGAAGGAGGAGGAGAGUAAUGGGGGCCGCGUUUCUAUGGCCGAUGCUCUGAUUAAGGAAGAGGUGGAGGUGAAAGGAAAAGAGGAGCUGCGAAUCGCGUCUGACCAUCGGAUGGCGGAGAGAAAGGUGAGGAAAGAGGCGGGGCGGCGGACGUACCUAAUCGCGGCGGUGAUGUCCAGCCUCGCCAUCACCUCCAUGGCGGUCGCAGCCGUCUAUUACCGAUUCACCUGGCAAAUGGAGGGCGGCGAGGUCCCGGCGACGGAGAUGUUGGCGACGUUCGCUCUCUCCGUGGGCGCAGCGGUGGGAAUGGAGUUAUGGGCCCGUUGGGCGCACCGGGCGCUGUGGCACGCCUCUCUGUGGCACAUGCACGAGUCGCACCAUCGGCCGCGCGACGGCCCCUUCGAGCUCAACGACGUCUUCGCCAUCGUCAACGCCGUCCCUGCCAUCGCCCUCGCGGCCUACGGCUUCUUCAACCCCGGCCUCCUCCCCGGCCUCUGCUUCGGCGCCGGCCUCGGGAUUACGCUGUUCGGAAUGGCCUACAUGUUCGUCCACGACGGCCUGGUCCACCGAAGGUUCCCGGUGGGCCCCGUCGCCAGCAUACCCUACUUCCGCCGGGUCGCCGCCGCCCACCAGAUCCACCACAUGAACAAGUUCGAGGGGGUGCCUUACGGUCUGUUCUUGGGGCCUGAGGAGCUGGAUGAGGUGGGUGGCCUGGAGGAGCUGGAGAAGGAGAUCGCCAUGAGGAAUAAGCUCUACAGCAGCUCCAAUUGACCAACCUAAGCAGUGCAGUCGAGCUUGAUCUUGUUUUUUCUA